AUGAAUCUUUUAAAAAAAUAUGAAAAUUUCAUUUUAGCUAAUGCAUCGCAAAUAAGUUCGAUUGAAAGUUCUUUAAGAACUUUAACUUAUGUUUUACCUGGUCGAUUUGCUGAUGCUGAAUUUGCUUCGGAAGCAUUUAAAAUACUUGAUCGUAAAGGUUAUCAAAGUUUUGCACCAACUUAUGAUUCAAGUGACUCAUUAAUGUGGGAAAAUGAUGUACAAUUGGAAAAGCAGAAAGGAGGCAAAUAUAUGAAAGGUAAAGCACCAAAGCACACUUAUUAUGAUAAGAAUGAUCCAGAAUUGAAUAUUUUACCUGAUAAUUGGAUAGAAAUCAUGGAUGAGGAUAAGGAGGACGAAGAAGAUAAUGAAUGGAAAGUAAAGAAAGACCUUAUAGAAAAAGUAUGA